AUGGCAGCGAGUUCAACCAGACACAUUUAUUCAUGUGAGCAAAUCACAGUGCCGCCCGCUUUGCCGGGAAUUUUGAAACUUUACGCAAAAGCGGCAAUAAAAACGCGCCCUUAUGAUUUGCUUGAAUGGACUUCGAGGUAUUUUCGUGCGAUGGCUGAUAAUAAAGCGCCACCGGUCAAGGAACGGUUCGAGUAUCCGCCUUUCACUCAUCCUACGGGACUGACACCGCGUUACCUGAAGACCCUUCUCAAUCAAUUUGGCCGAGCAAACAGCAAAGUGGCCUUGGAUAGUCUACUAGUUCAGUGGCAGGGCAUCGGUCUUGAGGAUACGCUUCUCUAUCAGAUCUUGAUGAUAGGUAGACUUUUAAAUGAUCAAGACAGACGCCAAGUGGAUCUGUAUCAAUUCUUAGCUGUUGCUUGCGGUUUUAUUACUUCUAGUCUAAAGGAAACGAUGAUUUAUGUUUGCGAGCUGCUUACCGACGAACCUGAAGGUGGAUCUUGUAUGAUACCACUCACGACAAUGCUCAGCAUCUAUGGUUAUCUGGCACGACUCGAUUGCUCCGGUGAAAAUCCAGAAAGUACUUCUACUUCUGCUUCUGAAAAUCUUAAAAUUCCUGACAAGCCGUUGAGACAUUCACUGUUAUUGGAGGAGCACGGGAAAAAGAAUAAAGCGGAAGAAAUGAGAAAUAAGACGGUAAAAAAAGAUAAAAAUGAAACGCUUUUUACGAGCUCAAUCUCCCGGGAGGACUUGAAAUCUAAAGAGCUCGCGGUGAUGGUAAGAGAAAAAAGUACUCGCACUCAGCAAAAAAAGCUCCAUGUUCCUCUUCUUGCUUCCACUGGAAAUGAAAACGAAAACGAAGACGAUAUUGCCGAUAAAACUCUUAGCAGUCUCACUCUGCAGUCAAUAAGCGAUUGUUACUCAAAUAACCCGAACUACAGUUCCGUAAAAGUUUCCUCAAAGGGUGAAGCUAAAAGCAAAGAAGUGGAUGUAGCAAGGCUGGAGUUAAAGAACCAUAAGGAGAAGCCGGGGUCGGAAGGGGUGUCCAAAGAAAGGGUCGGAGCCGGGGUUGACAUGAAAGAGAAGUUGGGUCUUUCCGAAAUUUUCCAAGGGAUAUAUGAGAGUUAUCAAGUGAGGGUGAAAAAUAAAGAUUUAUUAUUAAGUUCAUCAUGCUCCUCGUUAUCACUGAAUGAAGAUGUUGGCUGCGAGGGAGAACAAAUUAAAGAGCCAGAAGGGAAUGAGGAAGAGGAUGAUGUUGUGGGUAAUUUUCUGAAGAGAAUGGAGAAGUUAACGUUGAGGGGAAAUAUUGACAUUAAUUAUCAAGUAAUUGGGAUUGGCGGUAUUGUUACCGAUGAAUGUAUUAAUAAUGUUCAAGAGUGGUUAACGGAAUGUGGAGCCUGUCAGCAGGGUCUCGUUGGCCCCCUUAACUUGAGACACUUCCUCUGUCCAAGACUCAACGACACUCGUGGGAAAGACUUUAAUUAA